AUGCAGGAAAAGGCAGGAAAGAAAGGCAGGAAAGAAAGGCAAAGAAAGGCAAGGCAAAGCAAAGCAAAGCAAAGCCAGGAAAAGAACCAAAACCAACGUCCAAGUUCAGCAAAGCAAGACAGACAAUAUAACACAACACAACGCACCCAAAUAAACAAACCAAAUCCCUUCCUCCUCCCCCACCAACAAACCCCAUUCACAAUCCCAAAAAAAAACCCCAACACACCAGAUCCCACCUACCCAAAACACAGCACCCAGGUAGAAAUCGAUCUAUAUGAGAUCUACAUGCAAGAUAUUGAUUACCGACACGGUAUCAACCUCCUCACGCAUACUGGAGACAAAAUGUCAUCCAUUUAUGUUAUGACUACUACGGGAUCUUCAUUUGGUAUUCGUUUCCUUUCAUCUCGUUUCAUUUCCACCUUUACAGCCGAGGAAUAA